AUGUUAUGUACACAAACUCUUAGAAUCGUGUUAGUUGUGAUUAUUUUGCCGAAAAGUGUGAUAUUGCUGAAAAAUGGCUUAGCCCUUACACCUCCAAUGGGCUGGAUGUCAUGGGGCUACUAUAUGUGUGGCGUGAAAUGUGACGAAAAUCCCGAUAAAUGUUUAAAUGAGAAUCUCAUUCUAUCUGUCGCAGACACUUUCUACAAUGAGGGAUACCAGGAGGCUGGUUAUGAGUACAUCAUAAUUGAUGACUGCUGGUCUGAGAAAGAACGAGACCUAGAUGGAAGACUUGUACCUGACAAGAAGAGAUUUCCCAAUGGGAUGAAGUAUAUUGCAGAUUAUAUACACAAUCGAGGGUUGAAAUUUGGUAUGUAUACGAAUAUAGCCGCAGUUACUUGCAUGCACUACCCAGGGUCUAAGGACUACUUCGACAUUGAUGCUCAGUCCUUCGCAGAAUGGGGAGUGGACUACUUGAAAGUAGACGGAUGUUUUGUGAAGGAAAAUGAUCUUAAUACAGGUUACAUUGAAUUGGGGCAGGAAUUAAAGAAAGCUGGUAGACCAAUGGUAUAUUCAUGUAGCUGGCCUUACUACAUACAAUACAUUCACAACAAAAAGCCGGAUUACUCUCCAAUAGCGAAGCAUUGUAAUAUGUGGAGGAACUACCAUGACGUUGUGCUGACAUGGCCAGCAUUAAAGGUCAUUAUGAAACAUUACCAGAAUGAAUACGAUACAAUCAGUCCUUACCAUGGCCCGGGGCAUUGGAACGAUCCAGAUAUGAUCAUCUUCGGCACUGGUGUAUUGAACGAGAAUCAAAGUCGGGUCCAUCUGGCUGUGUACCUUAUGCUUUCUGCUCCUAUAUUGCUCAGCUGCGAUAUGAACAAGAUUACCCGGUAUGAGAAGAAACUCUUGCAAAAUCUAGACUUGAUUGCUAUCGGCCAAGACAUGUUAGGAGUUAUGGCUAAACCUUAUCAGCUAGAACAAUCCGUAACAUUAUGGGUGAAACCCCAUCUACCCAAGAAGGGGGAUAUUUUCCACUCUUUCUCCUUCGCUGUAGUCAACUUGGAUGACCAACAACAUCUGAUAUCCAUCUUCCCGUUGGCUUAUGGAGUUAAUUCCACCGAUGGUUAUUCCGUUAUGGAUGUGUUUGCGAAUACUUUCAAAAACAACAUUACAUUGAAAGAAUCGUUUGAAGUCGUCGUGCCUCCAGAAGAUGUGAUUCUAUACACUUUAUUUCCGUUAUGA